AUGAUACACUUCGCGCCAUGGUAUCGAAAUUCGAUGGAAGUCGAGCUGGCGGAAGAGCUCGCUGAACGCUUGUCGCCCGAAAAGACUGGUCUGCAGACCGCGGCCACGUACGUUUCGAGUGAGCAACUGCUCAAAAAUUAUCUGAACAGGCCAUUUGGCAAUGCGUACGAUUUCGAUCAGACAGAGAAGAUUGACAAUGUCUUCUGA